AUGUCACUCUGUCUUUCUUGGGAUAUCCACGAGUCAGGACAAUCUGAGAGUGAGAUCACGUCCUUAGAAUCAUCCCUCAAUGAUUUCAUGUCCCAGACCGAUAUUGAUGAAGCCCAUAAGAUUAUUGAAACCUAUAAUAUGUCCCUAAGAAAUAAACUUGACAAGACUCAAUUAGAAAGAAAUUUCUCUGAGACAGUGUUCCACAUAAUAGGAACAACCGGUCAGAGAAAAGACUCCGAAGUUGAUUCAUAUGACUCUUCACAACCAGAUUUACACGAUCUAGAGGAACACAAACUCAAUAGGCCCAAAAAUGACUGGGAACCUGCACCGAACAAAUGCAGCGCCCUUGAGUCUUAUAUUGAAGCCGUUGAGUCAGACAUAGAGAAGUUCCUUUCAAUGCCAGACAAAGCUCCCGACAAUAAGAAACUGGAUAAAGAGACAUACACGGCGGAGGCCCAUAGACGACUCUCGGACGAACGUUUCUAUAAGAAACAGGACUCUGACCCUACUAAAGAAUUCUCCACCGCUAUCAUAAAAACUCAUGAUAAAAUGUUUGAGAAAAACAAGAUUAGCAUCAACGUCUAUGAGACACUAACUCCCACUGACUGUAGACCAGGACAAUUUUAUCUGCUUCCUAAGAUACACAAAGAAAGCUUGCCAGGUCGGUCUAUAGUAAGUGCAAUUGGACACCUCACGGAUUGGAGAAAAUUUCUGAAUACACUGAUUUACAUCUCCGUCCACAGGUGGAGAAAUUGCCAUAUGCAUCCUAUCUCAAGAACACCCACGGACUACAUUAGAAAGACGCCCUCUACUGGCCUUCCAGAUCAUGCCCUUCUCGUGACUAUGGACGUCACAUAUUUGUACACCAAUAUUCCGCACGAUGAGAGUAUCAAAGACUGUAGAGAAAUCUGGGCUAGUAGAUCAAUACAUAUUCCUUCUACAGAGUCCCUUGCCAAGCUCCUUGAACAUGUUCUCAGGUGCUCAAGUGUAAUGGAGAACAUUACCUGCAGGUUGAUGGCACUGUUAUGGGUACGAAAAUGA